AGAAGAAGAAAGGUGUCUAUUUAUUCUCAAUCACUUUCUCUGUUUCCUUUCAUGGCUGCACUAGAAGAGAAAUUUCUCCGUUAGAAGUUCAGGAAGCUAUGGGGAAUUGCUUGAGGAAGCCUGUCAAGUGUGCUCAUGUUUCUAAUCUCUCUUCUGGAAAUAGUAAUACAAAGUCUCAGACUAAGGAAGAAGAGGAAUCAUCCUUUUCUAUCCAUAAACAACUUGGGGGGAUUGUGUAUAACUCUUUUCUGAAAUCCACCGGCCUCAAGUCCUUUAGUUUCAGCGAUCUGAAGACGGCCACAAGGAAUUUCCGGCCAGAAAGUUUGCUUGGAGAGGGAGGGUUUGGGUGUGUGUUUAAAGGGUGGAUAGAUGAGAAUACUUUGGCUCCUACUAAACCAGGAAGUGGAGUUAUAGUGGCCGUCAAGAGACUCAAGACAGAAAGUUUUCAAGGCCACAAAGAGUGGCUUGCAGAAGUAAACUAUUUGGGUCAACUUCACCAUGAAAAUCUUGUCAAACUUAUUGGCUAUUGUGCAGAGUCAGAAAAUAAACUUUUAGUUUAUGAGUAUAUGCCAAAGGGAAGUCUGGAGAAUCAUUUGUUCAGAAAAGGUGUUGAGCCUAUUUCAUGGGUCACACGAAUGAGCAUUGCAGUUGGUGUUGCACGGGGAUUGUCCUUUUUACACAGUUUAGAAGCAAAUGUAAUCUAUCGCGAUCUAAAGGCUUCCAACAUUUUACUUGAUUCAGAUUAUAAAGCUAAGCUUUCAGAUUUUGGAUUAGCAAGGGAAGGCCCAACUGGAGAUAAGACUCAUGUUUCCACCAGAGUGAUUGGAACUCGUGGUUAUGCUGCCCCAGAAUAUGUUGCAACAGGCCACUUGACUCCAAAGAGCGAUGUCUACAGCUUUGGUGUGGUGAUGUUGGAGUUGUUAUCAGGAAAACGGGCAAUUCAUGAUGAAAGAGGUCGGUUUCUUGAUGAAACACUGGUGGAUUGGGCAAAACCAUUUCUGAGUGACAACAGGAGAGUACUAAGGAUCAUGGACACAAGGCUAGGAGGUCAGUACUCCAAGAAGGAAGCUCAAGCUGCUGCAACACUUGCGUUGCACUGUCUUCACAGCGAUCCCAAGAACAGGCCUCUAAUGGCUGAUGUCCUUGAUGCACUUGAACGACUCCACACAUCGAAGAAUUCUCCAAGAACACCACUGAACUCACAGCCUAAACAUCAUCCUCACGGAAUCAAGCAUAUGAGUAGCCCUCACAGGCCAGCUAUCCAUGUCCUUCCGAAAUAAAUGUGAAAUACACCCUUCAGAAAAUCAGAUUGAUAGUGACUUGUAUAAUCUUUAUUUUUAAAUUAUAUUUUAUAUCAAGAUUACCUGUAGCAAGAGUGCAAAUUACAGUAAUCUAUCGUGUCCGGAUCACUAUAGUUAGACGUGUCUUUCUAAUGAGUAGACAUGGGUCUAAUGAUUCGUAGAGCAAGUAAUAAAACCAAGUCUAGGUUCGGAUAGAAAAUUUACGAGGUUGUAUACUUUUUCUGUGACAUGUUGCCAUCACUGGCCUUUCAAACUCAACAAUUCGAGAACAUUUUCUAGUUCCGUUUACAUGCGAGAAAAAUUCGUUGAUGUAAAUUUAUAAAUUCUCUUUGUCUCCUUACAA